AAACCACUCCCACCUCCCGUCCCUCUCUCCUCAAUCAAAUUCCACAACCGCAUACCAAAACGCCCCGUAUCAUGCUUUCUGCUUCAUUCUCCACCACAUUCCUCACCGCUCCGAUUCUCUCCGCCACAGCCUCUCCAAAAACGUCGACACGUGUACGAUUUCAGCCGAUUCGCGCCUUCGCCUCCGGCUCCGCUUACGCUUCUGCUGAGGCCGAGACGCCGUCGUAUCUCCGCCCUCAAACCAUGACCUCGCUGUACGAAAUCCUCGGCAUACCGGCCGUCGCCACGUGUCAGGAGAUCAAAUCGGCGUACCGAAAAUUGGUUCGGGUUUGCCACCCGGACGUGGCGGCGAUCGAGCGCAAGGACACGUCGGCCGACGAGUUCAUGAAGAUUCACGCUGCCUACUCCACGCUAUCAGAUCCCCAAAAGCGCGCCGAUUACGACCGGCAAUUUAUGCGGCGUAGCCGCCCGUUGGCUUCGGCGUCGGGAUAUUCCGGGUACUACACUCGCCGGAACUGGGAGACCGAUCAGUGCUGGUAGUGAGUUGACUCGCCUGGUGAUGGAACGAUUCCGAAAUUAAAGCAACUAAUCCGCGAGAUUACCGGUAAUUUUGUAAAAAUACGAAAGGUAACAUAGUGCAACCAGAGCCGUUGAUUAUAUUGAUCGGGAUGAUGUCGCUGUCUGUCUGUCGGGCACUAAAACAAGAAAAGAAGAAGUAGCGCCAAAAUGGGAAAAGUCAAAGAGUUGAAAAUCUUGUUUAGUGUUCGAUAAUUACUAUAAUUAUGUUGCAUAAUUAGGGGGGCAACAUAAAGUUGUGUUUUUAUUUUAGAUUAAUAUAGACCAUAAGUACAGUAUAUAGAUAGUAAUUUACAUGUAGAGAUUGGAGCUCAGUAUUUUGAUGGGUAAUCAAUUUUAUAUUACUAUUGGUAUUGAUGAUAA